CAAUGGCGUCGACGCCACGACAAGCUCAAGCACGCUGGAUCAUCGCACAGUGCCACCAUUGGGCAUGACGGGCAAGCAAUUCCUCGAAGCAGCGACAUCAUCGUUGGACGAGAUUGAAAAGUAUUACUCCAACAUUGUAGACCGACCCGUGCUCCCGAGUAUAGCGCCUGGCUAUCUCCCUCAGCUUCUUCCCAAUAUGGCCCCCGAGGUGGGAGAAGAAUGGAGCGAAAUCCAGAAAGACAUUGAACGCACCAUCAUGCCUGGUCUCACUCACUGGCAACAUCCCAAAUUUAUGGCCUAUUUUUGCUCGAGUUCGACAUAUCCUGCUAUGUUGGGUGAGUUGUGGAGUGCUGCGUUGACUGCGCCAGCGUUUAAUUGGAUCUGUUCUCCUGCCAUUACGGAGUUGGAAACCGUGGUGAUGGAUUGGGCGGCCAAGAUCCUAGCAUUGCCUGAGGGGUUUCUAUCGAGUGGCAAGGGAGGUGGUGUGAUUCAAGGGUCUGCCUCAGAGGCGAUUGUGACGACGAUGGUGGCUGCAAGGGAACGAUGGGUGCGAAGGCAGAUUGCACGAGAAGGAUUGACAGAUGAAGAAGCAAUCGAGGACCGUUCCUGCGAGCUGCGAGGAGAGCUUGUGGCACUGGCUUCGGAUCAAACUCAUUCAUCUUCGCAAAAGGCGGCAACGAUUGCUGGGACCAGGUUUCGAAGUAUCAAAACGCGGCACCGAGAUGCUUACGCUCUGAAAGGGGACGACCUGCGAAGCAAAAUCGAGGAACUGCAAGCCAAAGGGCUUCACCCUUACUAUCUGACGGUAUCGAUCGGAGCAACAAGUGUCUGUGCCGUCGACGAUUUCGAGGCCAUCGCCGAAGUUGCUCGCGACUAUCCCGACAUAUGGAUUCACUGCGAUGCCGCCUACGCGGGAGCUGCCCUAGUCUUACCGGAAUACCAGUAUCUCUCCAAACAAAUGACCCUGGUCGACUCCUUCAACUUCAACAUGCACAAAUGGCUCCUCACCAACUUCGACGCCUCAUGUCUCUACAUCCAGAACCGUAGAGAUCUCACCGACGCCCUCAGCAUUACCCCCUCAUAUCUCAAAAACGAGUAUACAGACAGCGGCCUCGUGACCGACUACCGCGACUGGCAAAUCCCCCUCGGCCGUCGAUUCCGAGCCCUCAAAAUCUGGUUCGUUCUUCGCACGUGGGGUGUCAAAGGCCUGCAAGAACACAUCCAACAUCAUAUCAAUCUCGGGAAUUUGUUCGCAGAUCUCGUGCGUUCCAGACCAGACCUCUUUAGUAUUCUCGCCCCGCCACGUUUCGCUCUCACAGUCAUUACCAUCAAUCCACACAUGUGGCACAAUCUCAAACUAUCGCAAUCUGCAUCCGCAUCACGACCAGAGGAGCAAGAAGAAGACCCAGUCAAGAUCAACCUUUCCGCCGAUCCAUCACCAAAGGCCAAUGACGACGAUCCCAUGUUAAAAGCCGCAAAUGAUGUGACCAAGGAGGUGUUCGAACUCAUCGAUGGACGCAAGGAGUGGUUCUUGACAUCGAGCGUGGUAGGAGGUGUCUAUGCCAUUCGCAUCGUGUCGGCGAAUCCGCUUGCAGAGGAAAAGUAUGUGCGACAGGUAUUUGAAGAGCUGGUCAAGACUACUGAGGAGGUUUUGUCAAAGUAUUCAACUUGAAGGGAAAAACAAAGACUUAGAGGGAAAAAACAGAACAAAAUUUCGAGCUGCUAUUUGUUACUUCUUUACGUCCUGCUACAAACGACUCAUCGUCGGCAUCCUGCUAGGUAAACUUUCAGAGCUUCGUUUCGCCUUCAGAUCGCUUCGUCGUUCGUCCAGGUGGCGGCCCAACAUUCUUCCUCCACAAAUCGUUAAUCUCGACCCUCUGCUUUCUCGAGAACUGCUCCCACCGUUGUCUCCGAUCCUUCUCGUCAGCUUUCCACCUCGCCAAUUCUGCAUGGACAAACGUUGCACACAAUUCUGCGGCUUCCGCUGGCCUCUCCAAUGGCACGAGGUGGCCACAAUCUAGAACGGCACUUUGCACUUUUCCUUUGACCCGGCCACCACUUCCACCUGGCGCAGUCCCUGUGAUGGCUAACUUGUCUUCGAUAGCUUCUGCGGAGGAGACUUCAGACUUGGCACCGAAAAUGAACAAGGUACUUGGACGAAGCUCUGGUAGUCGACGAUACAGCCAUUUACUUUCAUGUCGUGCGAAGGUUGCUUCAGGUAUGAUGUCCUCGGGAUGAAAGUCUCGAUAGACUUCGUCAGGGCUCAGAAGCAUACGAUCGUCAUGAUAUAUUGGCCGGAUGUAAUUGAAGAGUUCCUGGCUUUUCGUAGUCUGCAGUGUGACUGGUGUAUCUGAUCCACUAUCUGCUGGAAUGUCAGGGUACAGCUCUGUCGGAAGUUCACGCAGUCCAUAUUCGAUGUACUUGUCCAAAACGCGUGAGUCCCAGGCUUGCAAAGCUCUGCUUGAUCUCAGCUUCUCCGCAGCUGCUUGACGGGAAGGCCAGAGGUCGCGUCGAUAUGUGGAAGCUUGAGCCCAUUGUUGGUCGCCGUGCACAAGUUGUAUGACCGGAUCCAUGAUCACCAGGGCAUCCAGCAAUCGUGGGUGGAGAAGGGCCAAAUGUGUGAGAUGUGAAGCGCCCAUACUGUGGCCAAUGCCUAUAAUUGGGCGAGGAAUGUCACUUUGGAACUGGUUGAUCAGGAAGAGCAGAUCUCGUCCGUGAUCCAGCCAGCUUGGGUCAGGUCCUAGUAUAGCUUCGUUCAAUACACCACUGUGGCCAGUGUUCACUGGAUCGGCCACCCAUAUCGCGCGAAUGUUGCGACCUUUGGAGUCCAGUCGCAGUAGUAGAUCGUCCCAUAGUGGUUCUUGGAUCUCCUUGGGAUAGGCAUUCGCUACGGCGCCGAUGAUAGUCACGUCUCCAGGUCUGGGCGUAGGGUUGUUUCUCGGUAUAUACUGUUUCACAUGCAGCCGUAAGUCGUUUUCACGUCCCAGCUCCGCGCCUGCAUAUCGGUCUCGAGUAUGCUGGGCCGGCACAAUGUGUUCGAUGAUGCGGAAGCGUGACAUGUAGCGAGAGAAGAGGGAGAUAUGACGAAGGGACAGGGACUUCUUAGCCUGAUGACACAGCAUGAGAUUCUGGCGUGGACGGUAUUGAAGCAAUGCUGCGGGUAGUAGCAACUAGUAGGAGGUAAGUGAAUUGAACAUGGCUCAACUCAACUUCCUCGGCAAUGAAAACACCCGCUUCUGCUUCUGCUGCGGGUUAUGACUAUAGACUCAGCAGAGGAUGAUGAAGCUGUAGGAGGACCAUUCUUUCCAAGGCCAUGUUCAUUGACUGAUUAGUGAUCGUUGUGAUGUGUGCCA